AUGGAGAGGUGCAGUGAUCUGCAAGCUAUACCACAAAGCGAUUUGGAGCGCGUGCUCGGAAAAAAAGUCGGCGAUCAGCUGUACAAAAUGUGCCGUGGUUUAGAUGACGGCAAGAACUUCGUGGCUGCUAGUACUCGUAAGAGUGUAUCUUGCGACAUUAACUAUGGUAUUCGUUUCACAAAGGUAUUCUUUCGAGCUCCAUGA